AUGGACAUGGAGCAAAGUAGUCUGAAAUUAUUAAUUAUAUGUUCCUACGAAGGUGAGCAUCAUGUAAUUCGUUUAGAAGAGGGCACCACGCUGGAGGAUCUUUACCGGAAUAUAUCGAAAAGAUGGAAUAAAGUGAGUAUUGAGGCGGUAAAACUCCAAUAUAUUGCACCUAUUCAGAAAAGCUACGUGACGUUAUUGUGUGACGAUGAUGUCGCCAAUAUGUGGAGAAUGCAUAUCUUGUUAAAGGUAAUGUUUGUGGAUAUGAUUGCACGGUGCAGAAGCGAGCACCAGAGCGUGCCUCUCCGAAGCACGGUUGGACGCAGGGGUGAGGCCGAAUGUUCUGGAUUGAACGAAGAUUGCGCCGAUGGUAUCUUUAUUCCCGACGAAAGUACUAGUCUAAUUGCAAUGCAGAGAUGCAUUGUCGGGGAAGGUCAGACAUUCAAGGGACCGCAGGAGUUUAGAAAGUUACUGAAGAAUUAUUGUAUUGCCACUCAGAAACACUUCAGGUACCAAAAGAAUGAUUCGAGCAAAAUUAUUGCGGUGUGCAUCGACAAAGGCUGUGGUUGGCGUAUUUAUGCAUCCUUCCAUGCUCGUGAUGCAUCAUUCAGCAUUCGUAAGUGCAAUUUACAUCACACAUGCACUAUGAGUCUAUUGCAAUCAAGAGAUCAUCCAGCAGCCGAUGCGAACUGGAUUUCUGAGGUGUACAAAGAUAAAAUACGUUCUAUGCCAGCGUAUAAGGCAUCCGACAUCCGGGAGCAUAUCCAAACAGAUUAUGGGAUUGACGUGAAAUAUCAUAAAGCAUGGCGUGGCAAAGAGAAUGCGAUAAGGGCAAUUAAUGGUGGAGGUAGAGACAGUUUCUCACAACUUCCGUGGUACUGUCAUGCACUUCGGGAGUCAAAUCCGGGAAGUAUUAUAGACUGCGAAGUUGAGCAGGCAACCAAACGUUUCCAACGCCUUUUUGUUUGUUUAGGUGCAUGCCGGCUGGGUUUUUUGAGGGGUUGCAGGCCCCUACUCUUUCUUGAUGGGACACAUAUAAAAAACAAACACAAAGGGUGUCUGCUAAGUGCAAUUGCAGUGGAUGGGGAUGAUGGGAUGUUUACUUUAGCAUUUUCUGCUGUGUCUACGGAAAAUGAUGAAAAUUGGGAGUGGUUUUGCUGGAAGCUGCGAUCUGUUUUAGAAUGUGAGGGACGCACGGAUUGGAAACAGUACACAUUCUUCUCGGAUCGGCACUCGGGUUUACUAAAGUCAAUCUCGUGCGUCUUUCCCGGAGCACAUCAUGCGUACUGUCUCCGACACUUAGUGGACAACUUCCGUACCCAGGUUAUGCGGAGAUACCCAAUGCAUAAUAAGAAGCGAUAG